AUGGAAGAGCAGGAUCGGAGGUAUGAACGCUACACAGUCGGUAUCAUCUGUGCUAUCGAAUUUGAAAUGAGUGCUGUCCGCUACAUGCUGGACAAAGAACACCAAUGUCUACCUCGUAAACGGGGAGAUUCCACUCUGUAUAUUCUCGGGGAGCUAAGCGGCCAUAAUGUUGUACUUGCUAGUCUUUCAGGGGGUCAAGGGAAGAGUGCAGCAGCAGCUAUUGCCAAGGAUAUGACUCGUUCAUUUCCAUGUAUCGAUGUACGACUGAUGGUGGGAAUUGGAGGUGGGGUUCCAAAUGAGAAAAAUGACAUCCGUCUCGGUGAUGUAGUGAUCAGUAUGCCCGACGGACAGCAUGGUGGUGUAGUCCAGUAUGACCUAGGAAAGCAAACCGAGAACGACUUUCUCAUCAAAGGAUUUCUUUGGCCACCGCCUGGCGUUUUGAGAAGUGCCGUCGGUAUUAUGAGGUCCGAUCAUAGAGUUUCCAAAAACAAGAUUCCUGAGUUCUUGUCGGUCAUGUUUCAGAGAGGCGACGAUGUUCGAACAUCUUACCAACGGCCUCAUGAAGAGUCGGAUGAACUCUUUGAAUUGGGGUAUCGCCAUGUUCCCAACCAGGUUACAUGUGAAAAAUGCAACAAGACAAAAGUUAUUCAAAGGGACCCACGUGAACUUAUGCCUAAGAUUCAUUACGGACUGAUCGCAUCAGGGGAUUCAAUUAUGAGAAGUGCUACGAAUGCAGCUGAAAUUGGUGGGCGUGUGGUAGGCGAUAUCCUGUGCUUUGAGAUUGGAGCAGCUGGAAUCAUGACAGAGUAUCCAUGCAUUGUCAUUCGGGGCAUUUCUGAUUAUGCAGACUCUCACAAGAAUGACGCUUGGGAGCACUACGCGGCUGCAGUGGCUGCCGGAUGCGCCAAAGAGCUUCUGUCCUAUGUGGACCCACAAGAGUAUUCCACGACGACAGAAUCCCUCGAUUUUGAUGGGUAA